AUGAACUUUGGUAGAGGAAACAACAGAGCUUGGUUGCCCAUGGGCAACAACCAGGCAGUCCCAUUGACUUUAAUCGCCCGUGAGGCCCGACGUCCUCCGGCUUCAAGGACCCUACGACUGGCAAGGAACCCCAACGUAUUGUUCCGAGUCCAUGCGGCUGCAGCUGAAAGACAAGCUCCACAAGGAAUGCAGCAAGAUACAAUGGCAAACCUCCAAGCUAUUCUUGGUGAAGCAAUGGACCUCAUUCCAGAAAGAAUGGUAGGCGAAGCUGAUGAAGAAGAGAUGCUUCUCAAGAGCUCUGGUUCCGAGAAUGAGACGAUUCCUGCUUCUUCUCUGGAAGUCUGUGGUGGCGGUGGUGAGACUGCAGAGUUUGAUGGAACUGCUCCUGAAGCCAAUUUGUAG